AUGUCGACAGUUAUCCCUAUCUUCAAAAAGGGCACACGGACGCUAUGUGUAAACCACCGUGGCGCCAGCCUGUUAGCUGUGGCAGCGAAGGUGCUCUCUGGCCUUAUCCUUCGAAGGUUGACUGAACACAGGGAGAGACAGAUCCGUGAAAACCAAGCUGGGUUCCGUCUUGCAAGAGGUUGCAUCGAUCAUAUCUUCACCCUCCGACAGAUUCUGGAACAGCGACACUGCUUCCAGCAACCAACAAUGGUUGUUUUUCUUGAUCUGAAAGCUGCCUUUGACUCUGUGGACCGCCAAGCACUAUGGCAGUGUCUGUGGAGCAAAGGUGUCCCUCAUAAAUUCUUGACCCUCAUUAAGGCGCUGUACGCCAACUCCCGCGGCCGUGUACAUGUCUACGGGAAGCUCUCUCCUGAGUUCACCACAUCCAGUGGUGUCCGACAGGGCUGUCCUCUUUCACCUUUCCUCUUCAACUUCGUCAUUGAUACGAUCAUGGAAGACUCACUACCAGCCUCUAAUGCCCGUGGAGUCGAAGUGGUCCAUGGGCCUUCGCUCACAGACAUCGAAUACGCAGACGACAUAGCUCUUCUUGGAUCUGACCCCGUGGUAAUGCAAACAAUCCUAACCAAUCUAAAUAAAUCUGCUUCCAGGUUCGGGAUGCGCUUCACACUUGCAAAGUGUAAAGUGCUACUGCAAGACUGGAUGGGCUCGAACUCACACAUAGCUCAUUCAUGGCAGCGCCUGGGUGACUUUCAAACGUAA